AUGCAUAUAUCAUCAAAAAAAAAUUUAGAAGAUUGUAUAUUUUGUAGAGUAACAGGAACAAUAGUAUUUGGAAGUGUGUCCGUAUAUUCUUUUUUAAAAUUUUUGCAAGCUCCAAAGAAAAGUGGAGAUCGAAAAUUUUUUGGAUUGAUUUCUGUUUGUUUCAGUUUUUUAUCUUUAUAUCGAGCUUUUACGCCAGCCAAACCAAUAACAAUAAAUAAAUUCAAUAAAAAAGAUGUUAAACAAGAAAAAUGA